AUGAUGAUGCAAAGCAUCGAAUCUCGUGCUCAAAACUUGAACAGUUUUAUCUUGAGGAAGCUUGAUAUUGAGGAUUGCGAGAAAGUUAGCAUAAAUGAAAUUAUAACCUUACAAAAUAAAAAUUCUACUCUUGAUAUUGUUGGUUGGUAUUCAGAUACGAAUAGGACUUUUGUGUCAGAUGAAAAUGGGUUGAUAUAUAAAAAUCAAAGUAAAAAAUGUUUGAAAGCACAAAAUGACUGUCUCACUCAAAAACAACAAAAAAUUAUCUCUGGUUUAUCUGAAACCAUAAAACAUCUUGGUUAUGACAUUCGUGAAGUUCGAGAUAGAGUUACGAGAAGUAGUAAUGCAGGAUCUGAUACAUCCAAAACGCCUCAAAAAUAUACUGGCACUAUUUUCGAACUGUGGGAAGAAAUUGAUGCAUUAUUUAAUGAGAAAAAGCAUGUCAAAAGCGGUCUAUAA